AUGGAAAUAUCACAGAUUGAGCGCGACAUUGAGCGAGACCUUGCUCGACAUGUGAGGAGGAGGAAGCGCGCCUCUAACCCGACCCAGGCCCAGGGGAGGGCUGAACAUUCACUUCCUCUGCAGACACAAACUGAGCCACAUGCAGUACCCCUGCAGACUUCUCCAGCUUUCAUCGACCAACAACACUGGCAACUCUCGACAAUGCAGGCGCCAGGAAAUCAAGGGGCUGAUGCUCGACAGCAAGGGCACAAUGUCCAUGCUCCUUCGUUUCCUCGAUGGAACCCCACGCUGCAAGCGGCGGGGCAGGGACCAGAGCCUCGUCGCCAAAACCAACCGCGCUCUCCUACUCGUCUCGCCGCGCCCACUCCAGCCAGCGUUCUCAGUAGACAAUGGAGACAUGCCGAGUUUUCAGCCCCGAGCAACAUCCCAAUCUUGAUACACCGCCCGCCGAACGCAGACACGAGAGCACUCCGCGACUACCGUAUCGAUCCUACCCUGCCGACCUUCCAAAGUGAGAACGUCUUCGGUGCCGCUGACCUGACAACCAUUGAUCCUAGGCUGUUGGAGCGAGAGAAUACCCGGAAGUGGGCUGGACCGACCGGAGAAGGCGGUCAACCGAGCCAAAACAUCUUCGAAAACGAAACGCGAACGCGGAAUGACCUGGGCGUAACUCUUUUCCCUAAUCUCAACUUGGGACCCCACAACAUAUACAACGAGGACGGUUUGUACAAUGUACAUCCUCCACAUGGAGAUUGCAGUGGCCCCCAUUUGCUGGGUAGGAUUGUCCCUCCCCCUCCACGACAGCCAAUAGCACCGCCUGCCAGAGUGGCCAGUCAAGAAGCAGGACACCAAGACGCAACUUUCGCGCAAGGAAAUCCUGGUCAGCUCGCAGAAGAAGAGCACAAUCCUCAGCUUGAGGACGUGAACUGGGACGAAUGGUCGAAUUUCGACUCGGAUUAG